CAAACAUUUUAAAGACCCUAAAUCGUUACAUAAUGUCUUUAUAGUAAUAAACUUGUAUAUUUUAAGAUAAAAUGAAAGUAGCAGUAGUGUCUGGAAGUAACAAAGGUGUUGGUCUGGGAGUAGUGCGGGGACUCUGUAAGGAAUUUGAAGGGGAUGUUUAUCUAACCUCAAGGGAUGUAGGUAGAGGAGAGGCAGCUGUGAAGGUUCUGGAAGCUGAAGGAUUAAACCCGAAGUUUCAUCAGCUUGAUAUCGCUGAUAAAGAGUCUGUUCUCAAACUAAGGGAUUUUAUGAAAGAAAAGUAUGGUGGAAUUGAUGUGCUUGUGAACAAUGCUGCAAUAGCUUUCAAGCAGGCUGCAACCGAACCCUUUGGUGAACAGGCCACGGCUACUCUCAAAACUAACUAUUGGGAUACUAAGGCGGCAUGUGAGAUUUUGUUUCCAAUCCUGCGUCCAGGUGCGAGGGUUGUGAAUCUUUCAAGUUCUGCAGGAUAUCUCGGGAAUUUAGAAAAAAGUGAAAAUACUGAGAAAGCCAAAAAACUAAUGAAGAAACUCUCCUCAGACGACCUGAGUGUGAGUGAGCUGGACGCAAUGAUGAAGAACUUUGAAGUAUCCGCCAACUCUGGAAAUCACCAGGAUUUUGGAUGGAUAAAUUCGACCUACUCAGUUUCGAAGAUUGGUUUGUCUGCCCUAAGUCGAAUACAAAAUCGUGAACUGUCCCAGGAUUCAAGAAAAGAUAUUGUUGUAAACCAUGUUCACCCAGGAUACGUUGAUACGGACAUGACCAGCCAUAAAGGUCCGCUAACUAUUGACCAGGGAGCAGAAUCUAGUAUCUACGCAGCUCUACUCCCCCCGGGUACACCGGUCAGAGGAGAAUAUAUCUGGAAGGAUUGUACUAUCUUGGAUUGGGUGAAUGGACCACUCCCUAGUCAUGUUUAAAGGGAUCAAUCCCUAGUAAUGUUUAUAGAGAUCACUCCUUAGUAAUGCUUCUAGGGAUCACUCCCUUGUAAUAUUUAAAGGGAUCACUCCCUAGUAAUGUUUAUAGGGAUCACUCCUUAGUAAUGUUUCAAGGGAUCACUCCCUUGUAAUGUUUAAAGGGAUCGCUCCCUAGUAAUGUUUAAAGGGAUCACUCCCUAAUAACGUUUAAAGGGAUCAAACCUUUGUAAUGUUUACAGGGAUCGCUCCCUUGUAAUGUUUAAAGGUAUCACUCCCUAAUAAUGUUUAAAGGGAUUGUAACUUUACUUUUUUUAAUAAAGUCAAAGUUCAAGAUUUGUCUUAAUUACACUGCUUCUAUCUCA